UCCUCUGGCCUCAUUCACUUCCUUCUGCACCGGGAGGGAGCAGCAGCAGCGAGCAGCAGCGGCGGGCGCCCCCGGCUGAGAAACACCCGGGUCACUGCGCACCCCCCGCCGCCCCGAGAUAUGAGCCACGGUUGCUGAAGUGGAGCCCAGGGAACGUGAGCCGGGAUGCAGAGCAUAAAGUGCGUCGUGGUGGGUGAUGGGGCGGUGGGGAAGACCUGCCUCUUGAUCUGCUACACCACCAAUGCCUUCCCCAAGGAGUACAUCCCCACCGUCUUCGACAACUACAGCGCCCAGAACACAGUGGAUGGCAGGACUAUUAACUUAAAUCUGUGGGACACGGCAGGCCAGGAGGAGUAUGACCGGCUCCGGACGCUUUCCUACCCCCAGACUAACGUCUUCAUCAUCUGCUUCUCAAUAGCCAGCCCGUCCUCCUAUGAGAACGUGAAACACAAGUGGUACCCGGAGGUUUGCCACCACUGUCCCAAUGUGCCCAUCCUCCUCGUGGGCACGAAGAAGGAUCUGAGAAACAACCCUGACACCAUAAAGAAGCUAAAGGAGCAGAACCAGAUGCCCGUCACAACCCAGCAGGGGGUCAACCUCUCCAAGCAGAUCCACGCCGUCAAGUACAUGGAGUGCUCCGCCCUCAACCAGGAAGGCAUCAAGGAGGUCUUCACGGAGGCCGUGCGAGCCGUCCUCAACCCCAUCCCAGUGAAACCUAAAAAGCCCUGCAUCCUUUUGUGAAGAGGACUCCAGAAACCAAAGCGUGCGGCUGGGCUUGGUGGCCGCUUGGGGUGGGGGAGGGUGCCUUAGAACCCGGAGAUGAUCCUGCACUUGUCCCUCUGCACCAGUGAAGCUAGUAUGUACAGCCCUUCUCAAUUCCAGACGCUUCCCAGCUGUCUGUCCCAGGACAUGGCAAGGGACAUCCUGCCUCCAUUGUAUCCAGCGUACCCUAACCCCACUCCCCAAGCCUUGUGUCCUUCCAGUGAAGGCGAGAUUGGACAGCUGGGUGCCACAAAACCAAGGCUGUUCUCAAUAAUAAUAAACCACGUUUGCACUAAUA